UUCCAUACUAAAGCACGUCUUUCCUACGCCGAAGAGGAAGUUAAUCUAAGGCUGGAUAAAGCUAAAUUGGAAGCAUCUAUGGAAAUGCUCAACAUACAGAAAGAGACAGCUGCGGCUAUAGCUGAAGCAGAAGUAUUUGAAGCUGCUGAGGAUUUAGACAUUGAGAAAGAAAGGAGUAAAAACUGUUUAAGCUCUGGAUCAUUGGAAGCAGCAUUACGCACACAGCAAUAUGUUGCUGACCAAGCCAAAAUAACGGAGGCUAAACCUCAACUAAGUGAUCAUUAUGUACCAGCAAAUACAAAGCCAAGUCCUGGCGACAGCAUUUCACAUUCACAGCUCAAACCAGAAGCCAAACCUUUCAUUCUCCAUCAAACCAAUUCUGGAUCCCAAUCACCUCAUCUUACCUCACAGCAGCCUGGCAUCAACGGAGACGAGUGUGGUCGUGGUUCACGCAAUGUAAAGUUUGAGAACAACCGUUGUACUCCUGGACAGUAUUACAGGCCUCAAAACCAUAGUGGUAAUCCUUCCUCAUCGCCCCAUCCUAUGUCUCCAAAUUACAAUCACAACGACUCAAACCUGAAUGACUUUGUGAGAUAUUUUGCACGGCACGAGCUUGUUGCUACAGGUUUGCUUCAAUUCAAUGAAAAACCUCAGAAUUACAGAGCAUGGAAACGGUCUUUCCAGACCGCAACCCGGGGUUUAAACCUGACACCAAGUGAGGAGAUGGAUCUUCUGCACAGGUGGCUUGGUAACGAGGCAAGACAACAUGUUGAACAGAUAAGAGCAAUACACAUAAAUCACCCUGAAGCAGGAUUAGCAAUGACAUGGGACAGACUCGAGCGAACAUAUGGCUCACCAGAAGUCAUUGAAGACGCUCUGUUCAAACGCAUUGACACCUUUCCUAAAAUAACAAAUCAAGAUUAUUUCAAACUGACAAAGUUAAGUGAUCUAUUAAUGGAACUUCAAUCUGCCAAAGCAGAAGGAUACUUUCCUGGUCUCUCCUUCCUCGACACAGCCAGAGGCGUCAACCCAAUAGUUCAGAAGCUUCCAUUCGGUCUGCAGGAAAAGUGGGCAUCAGUCGGUGCAUCCUACAAGCGGCAAAAUCUUGUCCACUAUCCACCCUUUGACUUCUUCGUGAACUUUGUCAGCCAGGAGGCUAUCAUGAGGAAUGAUCCGAGCUUCAACUUCGCCUCCCACACAGACACAGCUAAACAGAAUGAUAAGACAGGUUGGAAACCAAACAAAUAUCGGGAGGUCUCUGUCCACAAAACAGAGAUCUUCCCCAGAGUCGUUACUGAAACCGGUGAGCCCCCAAAGAGAUCUGAGGACUUUGAUAAAAUGUGUCCGAUACAUGAAAAGCCACAUCCACUCCGCAAAUGUGGUACAUUCCGAGCAAAGCCCAUUGAUGAGCGUAAGGCAUUCCUAAAAGAGAAUAAUGUGUGCUUCAGAUGCUGUUCUUCGUCAUCACAUUUCGCGAAUAACUGUAAAAUGAAAAUUCAAUGUUUUGAAUGCAAAAGUGAAAGACACCAUACAGCACUUCACCCUGGACCAGCACCCUGGAUGGAGGAGGUGGUCCCUCCUCCAGAGCAUGGCGGGGAGGAGGAGAAAACUUCACCUCCUCCUCAUGUCACCACCAAAUGCACAAACGUCUGUGGCGGAGAUCUGGCAGGUAGAUCCUGCUCCAAAAUAUGUCUUGUAAAUGUAUAUCCAUCAGGCCACAAAGACAAAGCAAUUAAACUGUAUGCAAUUUUGGACGAACAGAGCAACAGAUCAUUAGUUCGUUCACAGUUCUUUGAAAUGUUCAGUGACCAAAGUCCGAGUGCUCCUUACACAUUGAGAACAUGUGCUGGAGUGAAGGAAUCAGCAGGAAGAAGAGCCAGUGGCUAUGAAGUUGAGUCUCUGGAUGGAACUGUCCACAUCCCAUUACCCAGCCUCAUAGAAUGCAAUGACAUUCCUAACAACAGAAAUGAGAUCCCAACCCCUGAUGUGGCUCUCAAUCAUGCACACCUCAAGUCAGUGGCGCACCUCAUCCCAGACAUUGAGCCACAAGCCCCUAUCAUGCUUCUCCUGGGUCGGGACGUUAUCAGAGUUCAUAAGGUUCGCAAACAGAUAAAUGGCUCACACAACCAGCCUUAUGCUCAAAAGUUAGAUCUGGGGUGGGUCAUUGUAGGCAAUGUUUGUCUAGAAAGCGUCAACAAACCAUUGACGAUCAACAGCUUCUACACGAAAACCACAGAACUAGAGUGUCCUAUUCUCCAAGUCACUCAGGAUUCAGAUGGGAAAACCUCCUGUGAUGCUGACCACCUUGGAAGUACUGUGCCCAAUCUGGACCAUUUGCCUUUUGUGCCGACAGAUCAGAACCCCACAGAUCAUGCAACACGUUUGGUGGCUCCAGGUCAUUUAAAAGACACUAACUGGCUGACUGGACCCAAGUUUCUGUCCAAGCCAAAGCCAAGUAUCUCUGAGAGCACCUAUGAUCUUGUGGAUCCGAGUCCAGACCCAGAUAUCCGGCUUCAAGUGUCUACUUUGAGUACUGCAACAGCUCACAAGCAGCUUGGUUCCCAGCGAUCUACCAAGUCCUCUUUAUGGGAGUCACUCACUCCUAUUACUCACCUCUUGCACAUCGCAUGUGUGUUCAAGGCAACCCCAAAAAAGAACAGCUAUCGUAAGGGCUGGCAUUGCUGCGAGGCAGAAUUCACUGUUGAGGAAUCCAAUCAGGCCGCAGAUAUAAUCAUUCAAACAUACAAGAAGUGGCAGUCAAAUCAAAUACCAAGAUAUUAAUGGCCUCUUCGACUGACAACACAGACUUUUCCUAACAAAAACGGGAAGUUGCAUCAGGUCGAGGUGAAGGUCAUCAAACCAGGAGGGACUUCGCUCUUUCUUAGGCCUGUUGCAGAGAUGGUGCCUCUUCUCCCCCCAGAUGGCUAGGUAAUGGAAGUGUUCUAGAUUUGGGUGACGUGUAUCACGCCAGACGGGGAGUGUUCUGUUACAGCUAAGUUUACUCUUGUUUGCAUUUUCUGGGCUAUUCUUUGUGUGCCUAUUGUGCCUAGUCGUGGUCCCUUUAAGAAUCAGGAUGACAUCAUCAGAUGGGUGUGUCAGGUGAUCAUUAGAGAGGAAAUAGGCAACACAUGGCUCUGUGAACAAUGUGUUAUUGUUUGUUAGAAAUCCAGCUACAUCUGCAUACGUCUUAAUGCCUUUGAUCGCAUCGUAUUUUCACACCUUCCUUAUAUCAUUAAACCUGUGGGCAAAGGAUUCACGUCUUCAGAGUCUUGGUGUACGGAGGGAGUUUAUCUGGCUGUUAAGAUAUAUACACUACAUAUACCGGGGACAGCACA